GGACGCUAUUUGUACAAUUAAUUUUCAUUGGAUAGCUAAUGUUCAUUCACCAAUGAUAGAUCGUGUUUCAUAAUUAAUAGACUAGGGUGUUUAGAUAGCAACGAGACAGUUUGCAGCAGUAACUGCAAGUAGGACAACAAGUGGAAGGGAAUCGUAAGAUUUAGAGCAAGUGAGUGACUGAUUGCAGUUCAGAAAAUAGAAUCGUCAUGGCAACAGAGGUUCGUCAAACCACUAGGCAUCAGCCUUGUGACUGGUUCACAAACAAUUAUUCAAUAUCAACAAAUGCUGAGCGUCAGCGAGAAGCUUCCCAUCAAACCAGACAGGAGAGCAGAUAUCUUAGAAAUGAAACUGAUAAUCAAACAAAAUGGGACCAACACUCAAAUAAUGUCAGAUUAUCUGACAGAGUUGAUGUUAUUCGUAAAUGGAAAGAAAUUCUUGAGAAGACAUUAGCAGAUAUUGAUAAAGAAAUUGCUGAUCUCUCAGAAGCCAAGGAGCUCACAGAGCAAGCUCUCGAAGCUAAGAACCUUCCAACUGAUGUUGCAAUUGAAAAUCUAACCCUCAGAGAAGGCAGACAGUCAAUUGAUAUUGUUGAAGAUGAAGUUGAAAGUCAGCUCCAUAAGGAAGUUGAAGUUAUUGAUGGAAUCAAGAAAUUGCUGCAGCAGAGAAUUGGAGAAGGGUUUGAACAACUGUGUCUACUCCAGGAGGCACGACAACAGCUCCAAGCUGAUCUGCAGGACAAAAAUAUUGCUCUGGGUAUUGAUGUAGAACAAUACAAUCUAACAGACAGGUCACCAAACAUCAGCUACAAGCCAGACUCCCUCAGAGUUCCUAAAGGGAGUACAACACCACAGCAGUGGGAAGACUUUAGCCGAUACAACAAGGAGCGUGCCGAGGCAGAGAUGGCUGCUUCAACACGUUUACGUGAGGCUAUCCACCACACCCUCCAGCAGACUGAAAAUGAUCUUGAGGCUCAGAAAAUUGCCACAGAGUAUGCUUUCAGACGUAGAAUUCACGAGUUUGAACGUGCCAGAGAUGAACUUGAAUGGCAAAAGAAAAAUACAGAGGAGGAGAUUGCAGAGUUGGAAAAUGAUAUCCGAGGUAUUGAGGAGGCAAUUCGUGCAAAGAUCAAUCCAACAAAGUUGGCUCAAACUCGUCUCGAGAAUCGUACAUACAGGCCAAAUGUAGAGCUGUGUAGGGAUGCCCCACAAUAUGGUCUAACAGAUGAGGUGAAACAACUAGAGGCUACAAAACGUGCCCUUGAGGAGAAACUUAGACAAGCAAAACAUGCUUUGGAUGGUCUAUACAAUAACCUUCACCGAAUCAAUGAUGACCUGGCCCAGAAGAAUAACAGCCUUGACCUAGAUAACAAAUGUAUGGACGUUAGGCAGAAACUGAACACCCGCCCACAAACAACCAUGGAAAGAAACCUUACAUUGACAGGGAUUGAACGUGAAAGAUCAAAAAUUUUGGCAUAAUGAACAGACUUAAUUGAAAAAAAGAAAAAAAAAAUCUAGAUGUUUUUCACAACUGGAGCAUUUUCAAAUAAAUUAUUUGUAUUACAUUUAUCAGUAUUUGACCAAACUAUUUUUGGUUUUUGUACAUGUCUUUUUUUAUUCUUCAACCUUUAUUCUUUAUUAAUUACGAUGAAAGACUGCGAAAAAAAGUGAAUUUAUUAUUUUUUUAGUUUUAAUCAAUGCUUGUUGAAAAUUUUACAAUGUGCUCAUAUUUUUGUUGUUUUUAUUCCUUCUGUGUUGGUAUAUAGUCAUAAAGAAUCAUAUGCAUUGGGAUAUAUUUUUUCUCAUAAAAUUAUUUACAUUUUUUUUUUUUAAGUUUUUUUUUCUGUGUUAAAAAAUGAACAAAUUAUAUUGUUAUAUAUAUUAACUGCCAACGGAGACCUGUACAAAUAUGACUCAGUAUCAAUAUUAAAAUGGACAUUGGCUUUAUGAAUGCGUAUUGGGGAAGUCAGAAAAAAAUGAAGAAAAAAAUGUUGUUUUUUUCAUAUGUUACAUAAUGGUUAUAUUUAAUCAUUUACAUAAUGGUUAUAUAUAAUCAUUAAUGUGAAUAUCACAGAACUUUCAUUACAAGAAUCUUGAGCCAGUGUAAUUCUAGUUUUCUAUUGUUUGCAAUGUCCAUUGUUCCUCCCUGUUAUUGUUUUAUUGUUUAUAAAGCUGUGAUAUUGUUGCUUGAAUCAGUAGCUAGAGAGUAUCUGAGUGACCCUCACCUUUCGUUAUCGUCUUUGUGUUAUACCCCACCCUCCUUAUAAACCAUUUUAAUACACAUCCUGUAUAUCGUUUUCAAAUUUUUUAUAUAUUAUGUUUUUUAGAGGUAUCAUUUUACUGAGACACAAACACCAAAUGAAAAAAUAAUGUUGCAUGUAUGAAUUUAUUUAAUCUUAAAUGUUGCAUCCAAGAUGCAAUCUAACCUUUUAAUUAUAUAGAAUAUACAAUUGUUGUAUAAAAAUGAAAAAAAAAGAAAAAGAUUUCAAACUCAGUAUAUGAGCCAAAAAAAAAAUUACGUUGUUGAAUGAGGAAAAAUAAACAAUUUAAGAGAACAUUAAAUUUAUUUGUGACUAAAAACUGUUUUAUUUGUAUGUAAACUGUUUUACAAAAUGAGUGAUUUAGUGUCCUAGAAAGAAUAAAAUACAAGAGACACUUAAAACAGGAAAGUCGGACAAGUUUGACUGAACAUAACCUAGAAGACAUUCUUUAUGGCGUGUUCAACAACUUUGUUAUUUUGCAUAUCUUUUAAUGAGAAUGAAAAAAUAAAAGUGAAUGUGUA